AUGUGGAGGAAGGACAACAAGGGAUCCAUGCCCAUUUUCAUGUUUCACCCUUUAUACUUUAUAGAGUGCUACCUAGGUCUAGUACAUUUUAAGAUCAUCUAUUGUUUAGAUGAAUUUGAAGCUUGGCAAUCUCAAAAUAAACUUGCAGGUCCGAUACCAUCCACCAUUGUGAAUCAAUCAAGACUGCUUAGUUUAGUGGUCGAUUCGAACAACUUAAGUGGAGAGAUUACACCAUUCAUUUUUCGCUCCCGCGACAUUAAGUUCUUAUCCAUUGCAAACAACAGUCUAUGGGGACCACUUCCACCCUUCAUUUGCAACAAUACAAGUCUUGAAUUUCUUGACUUUUCAAACAAUAACUUGAGUGGAAGUAUACCUCUUUGUCUAUUUGAAAACUUGAAGAAUCUUCAAGUUCUUAAUCUGGGUAGAAACAACAUGACUGGUUGGAUCCCUGAUAAUAUUUCUCCCAAUUGCAGCCUAAAGACUUUAGAUGUGAGUCACAACAAUUUGGUAGGAGGUGUUCCACUUUCUCUAGAGAAUUGCACUUCCUUAGAAGUUAUGAAUGUGAGAAACAAUCACAUAGUUGGUAAUUUCCCAUGUAUGCUCCCGUCUAGCUUGCGGUUGCUUGUGUUGCGUUCGAACAGAUUCCACGGAGAGAUCACAUGUCAAAAGAGUUGGCCAAGUCUUCAAAUCAUCGACAUCGCUUCCAAUAAUUUCAGUGGCAAAAUAAAUCCUUUUAACUUCACAUACUGGAGAGGAAUGGUGUUGGAUCGUGAUGCAGAAUUGGAGCGUAUCAACUUAGGCGUCAUGGCUACGAUAGGAUACUACUACGGGGACGAGGUGACAUUAACCAUUAAAGGGAUAGAGCUUGAGCUUGUCAAGAUUUGGCCAGAGUUUAUCUCUAUUGACUUCUCUUGCAAUAAUUUUCAUGGCGAAAUCCCCGUGGAAAUUGGUAAGCUCAACUCACUCUAUCUUCUCAACUUAUCUCACAACGCUCUCACCGGUCGAAUCCCAAAGUCAUUUGGCAAGUUGAGGCAGCUUGGAUCGCUUGACCUCUCGAUGAACCAGCUCACGGGGGAGAUACCAAAGGAGAUCGCGUCGCUCACAUUCCUUGUUGUGAUGAAUGUAUCUCACAACAAGCUAGUUGGAGAGAUUCCGAUUGGGAAUCAGUUGCAAACAUUUUCUGCUGAUUCAUUUGAAGGGAACACGGGAUUGUGUGGUCUCCCUCUGAACAUUAGCUGCACGAAUCCAUCACCGCAGUUUGUGGAAGUGGAAUCGGAUAGGGAGAUUGAGUGGGAUUAUGUGUUUGCUGCUGCUGGAUAUGUUGUGGGCUUAGGAGGUUUCUCUUGGGUGCUUUUACUUUGUCCAAGUUUCAGGUAUAAAUACUUCGAGAAAGUUGAGGAUGUUUUCGAGAAGAUCUUUGAGUGUUGCCAAAGCCGGAAAGAGGAGAUAGACGGAGUUGUGAGGAAUCAGGUUAGAAGAGACAAUAGUGGUGAUGAAGCUUAG